AACUUCGAAUACCUGCAAAUUAGACAAACAAAAAACUCUGUAUGGUGCACGUUUGCUCGGAACUAGUAACACCUUCUCUCUUCUUCACCAGUCUCCUUACAUCAAGGAUAAGGAAAGGUUCAUUAAACGGGGAAUCUUCAAGCUUUAUUUAGCUAGCAACAUUAUCAUAUUGUGUUAGGAAAAGAAGAGAAAAUGAUGAGCAUCACAUACAUUCUUAUAGCUUUUCUUUACAUUGGUUUUAUCCAUAAUGGAGCUGCAUUAUGCGAUGCAAACACAGGGUGUACGUCGAUUAACGAUUGCCAGUUUACGCCAGGCCAAGCUUUUGCGUGUCUUUCAUCCGGUAAAUGUUUGUGUAAUCCGGGAUGGACCGGACCAAAUGCUAUAUAUUUGAAUAUCAAUACACCGGUACAUGGCAUCAGACUUGUUGCUGACAAUUGCAAAACUCCUUGCAACACAGUAGGACAGCCACCAACCUGCGCUUCACAGCAGCAGUCGAACGGAUUCUGUGGCGAGCCCUCACCUGAAGAUCAGCUGAGAAAAGAUGGUUUGCUGCCACCUGAUCCUGCAAAGGAGUGUAACUCAAGAUGUACUCUGUAUGGUGCUGGGAAAUGUUCCACUACUGUUCCCGGAGCAUGUGAAUGUUACUAUGGAUGGACUGGACCCAAUUCUUGUUUUUACGAUAUGUUAGGAGUAAACAGAAUUCUGGCAACUCAUUGCAAUCAACCUUGCCAUUACACCCACGAUUAUCGAAAUUCGGCAUGUCUAAUGUAGAUAUCAUGUACUCAAAGAUGGCUAAAAAAUGUGUCACUGUCGUCAUGGAGUGUAAACACAUGGAAUACAAAUAAUGAAAAACAAAGUUGAACAUCUAAUUUUAGUCAGCAGUAGUAUUUAUUUUUUGGAUCACUUUAUUUUAUGGACUUAAGAAUGAUCUUUCUUAACAGCAGCAAAGAGCUUUUUCUAAUAUUUCGACGACUUAAGAUUUUUGAAUCUCUAUGAUAAUAACCGUGUUCUGACUUUUACACCGAGUGAUUUUGUGCUAAAAAUCCCACAAAAUAGAGAUGAUAUAACGAGCGAAAAUCUGAGGUCUGGGACCUGUAAAUUUUUUCAAUGGGUUUACCUCUACUACUUUCGUAUAUUGCCUGUUUUGAUUGCACCCUUCUUAAACUUUCGAGACAAAAUAUUCCACCAUACACAAGUAAACAUUAUUUCAUUUCCACGAGAGAUACACCCAUUAUCUUUUGUCCAAGAGUUUACUUUUUUCUUCGUACAAAGAAAUUACGGAAGUGUAGUACGUUUAUUAUCAACAUCUACAACCAGUUUAACUGAACGAUACGUAUUAGCUGACUACUAAUUUAUAUAUUAAAUGGA